AUGAAGGGCAUGAAGGCUCAAGACACGCAGCUGGAGCUAGUUAAACAAAAAGAAGUAAAUAAGGGAGAUGCAGUGGGUAAGAGGAAGAAGACAGGUUCUGGAUCUCACACUUGUCCUGGCUAUAAAGGAAAUACAAAUGAGGUGAAUCAUGAUGCUGGCUCUGGCAGUUUUGAGCCAAAGUCUGGAAGUACCCUCCCAGAGGUGAACAUGCAUGUUUGGUCUGCGGAAGAGUAUGCUCAAUACGACACAUAUCUGAUUGAGAAGUGGAGCGUGUUUGAAUUAACGCAUCUCGACCAUGGUUAUUUGAGCAUCACAUCAAAGACAAAGAUUCCGAGCCUGUCCGCGUUGGCUCGAAGAGUUCACAAGUUCAUGGUUGAUCUGACAAUUAUUCGAUUUCCCAUCAUGAGCCGUGUGAAUCUGACCAUGCUCAGAUGCAGAGCCAAAAUCGUUCUUCAAUCACAGGAGCAAAGUUCCUUGGUUCACAUGGGUUUACGACAAACUUGA